CAGGAGGAUGACCUGCUGCGGCAGCUCAUAAAAGAGUACGGCCCCAAGAACUGGUCCAUCAUCGCCAACGGCAUCAAGGGGCGCUCCGGCAAGAGCUGCCGCCUGAGGUGGUGCAACCAGCUCAACCCAGAGGUGAAGAAGGACCCAUUCAGCCAGUGGGAAGAUGCUGUCAUCAUCAUGGCGCACCAGAAGCACGGCAACGCGUGGGCCCGCAUCUCCAAGCUGCUGGUGGGCCGCACUGACAACGCUGUGAAAAACCACUGGAACAGCACCCUCAAGCGCAAGUACCAGGGUGGGUGA